AUGGAGAAUCCAACGGAAGAAUUGACCCACGUCAAGAAAGUAUGGGAUAAUAUGAAAGGCAACAGUCCCAUCUACGACUUCCUUCUCGCAGAUGUCGAAAUUGUGUCGGCUACAAAAGGUCUGGUGGUCUCGCGCUUGACGGUGGGAAGCAAUCAUGUCAAUUCUCGGGGUACCAUUCACGGCGCAGUGAGUGCAAGUCUGGUCGACUGGUCUGGAGGUCUUGCUAUUGCCUCACAUGGAUUGGAAAAGUCUGGCGCAAGCAUAGACAUUCAUAUCAGUUAUAUUGGAACUGCUCAUGUAGGGGAUGUCUUGCAUAUUGAGGCAAUCGCAUCCAAGGUUGGGAGAUCAGUUGCUUUUACCACGAUUCGAAUCAGUAAGCUAGUUGAUGGCGAGCCGGGACCUAUGGUAGCGACGGCAUCACAUACAAAAUACAUACAAACCAAACUAUGCUCGGAAAGUUUGACAGUCCAACUCGACCCGGAUGAGCUGGACCAGUUUGAGAGUGGAAGCUUCUUGGGAAGCGUUCCAGAUGACCUUCAGUUAACUUGCGGGUGCCAUAUGCAUUGGCAAUGCCUUUUGGACGAAUCUCCUCAAAUCAUAAAUUCACUGAAUUGUCCGUCGUGUGAUAAGUCAAUCGCAUCUUCAAUUGCCUCAUCCUCAACAUCCGUAUCCGGAACCAGAGUUCCCACGAGAUAUCACAAUGAAGGAGGGAUCCAAGAAGACCUUGACAUCUUGCCUCUUAUCACUGAAGAAGCCUAUCUUGAUGAACACCCGGAGGCACGUCCCGCUCGAGCAUUCAUGACCUUGUGCGCCGAAGGUGAUAUCAUGGGAGUCAACGACCUGCUCAGUGCAGUAGAAGAUGAUGAGGAUGGAGAAGGACUCUCGGCAAAGCCAAUUCUCCGUUAUCAGGAUCCUUUAGAUGGAAUGAAAAGUAGUUUACACGUGGCCGUCGAGAAUGGACAGGAGGAAAUUAUCUGGCUAUUAUUGUGGCUUGCUUCAACUCUUCCGACAAACAUUUUCCCAGAACAAAUCACUCAGAUGGCAGGGGCCAUGGGGGUAGGACGUGAUACUGCUGAUGGGGAAGAUAUCCGGAAUCUUCGGAAUACUCAGGGACAAUUGGCAAGCGAUUUGGCGAGAAGUACAGGCAAUGUUCUUUUAACAGAAUUAUUGUCGGCAAACUUGCCUUGA